UUGUCGGCUUCCUUUUUCCUUCUUCUCAGCAAACUCUUCCAAAAUAUCUAAUAAUAGAUCUGAACCAGUUGUUAAUUCAUGUAGCCCUGCUCUUCAUCUGUGAUCUUCAGGAUUAUCCUGUAUGUUUCAAUAGAUCUUAAGUGGCUGCCUCUACAAUUUCUUAAUUAAUCGCAAUUCAAGGGUCUCCAGAAACAUGGCUGUUGCAGCUUAUGCAUCCUUGGUUUCUCUUACCAACAUCCUCGAAAAUCUCCAUUAUCGUGCCCAGUUUAAUCUCCCUCGUGCAGACAUGAAACAAGUCGAAAAGCUCCAAGAAAAUGUCCAAUUCUUGUUGAAAUUUGUUGAGCUUCAUUCGGAAAGGGUGAUUCCUGAUGAGCUGCAAGGCUUGUGGAGGCAAAUGGCUAAGGCUGCCUUUGAAGCAGAAGAUACCAUCAACUUCCAUGUAGUCAAUUUACUCCAUUUGAGACAUCAAGAAGAAACAACUGAUGCAGCUUUCUCAGAUUUCUGUGAAGAUAUGGAGGGACUGAUCCAAAACCUUUGUACCACCAAAAAAUCGUUGCCGAUGAUGGAGGAAAUAAGGCAGGAUGAUCGAGUUCAAGAACAAUCCAGUGCUAGUGCUUCAGUUUCGAUUGUUGGUUCAUCGGAUGCUUCGGAACAUGCCAGCAAUGUUGUGGUGGGAAUUGAUAAGCAUGUGAGUAGGAUCAGGGACAAGCUCAUAAGAGGUAAAUCGAACAUCCAAAUCAUCCCGGUUGUUGGUAUGGGAGGGAUCGGUAAGACUACUUUGGCUAAAUGUGCCUUUGAUGAUUCUUUUGUUGUUGACCACUUCGAUUUACGAAUAUGGUUUUCAAUAUCUCAAGAAUAUAGUGUGGAGCAGAUCCUUAGAAUUGGUCUUCAAGAAAAGGUUGAAUAUGGACAUAAACGUGAAAGUUUAGAUGAGUUGGGAAAUAAAUUCUACCAAAAGUUAUUUGGUAGAAGGUAUUUGAUUGUUAUGGAUGACAUGUGGGGCAGUGGUGCUUGGGAUGAGCUAAGAAAGUUUUUUCCGGACAAUGAGAAUGGAAGUCGAAUUAUGUUUACUACUAGACUCAAAGACUUAGCAACUUCUCUGGGCUCUUGCGAUCCUUACCCGCUUACAUUUCUUGAUGAGCAUACGAGUUGGGAAUUAUUUUGCCAAAAUGCCUUUUCACAAAUAGGUUGUCCUUACGACGAUUUAGAGAAUCUUGCAAAAGAUAUUGCCAAAAGUUGUAGAGGGCUUCCUUUAGCGAUUGUAGUUAUUGGUCGAUUACUUGCAAAGUCCGACAAGAAUGCAAAAUAUUGGGAGAAUAUCACAAAGAACAUCAGCUCACUAGCUAGUAUGGGAGAUGAUGAGCAUUGUUUUAAAAUAUUAUCUUUGAGUUAUAGAAGCUUGCCCAUCCAUUUGAAGCCAUGUUUUUUAUAUAUGCGUUUUUUCCCCGAAGAUGAUCGGAUUGAUGUAAACAAUCUAAUCAAAUUGUGGAUUGCUGAGGGAUUCAUAAAACCGACAAGUCAAAAAAGUCUGGAAGAUAUUGCAAGUGAAUACGUGAAAGGUCUCCUUGAUAGAAACCUGAUAUUCAUAAGGAGUAUCGAGAAAUGUGGUGUUCAUGACCUUUUACGAGAUCUUUGUUUAACAGAGUCUGCAAGUGAAAAUUUCAUUCGAUCACCAAAAGUACAACGUAUCAGAUCACACUAUCAUACUGACGCUUGCUGCUUCAUUUGUAGUGAAGAAAUAAAUGGCGCAGUUGCUGAAAAAUUGUUGAAAACUUUUCAUGUUUUCUCGCAAUGGUCGGAGUUUAAUCCUCUUUAUUGCGAUGCUUGUAAGCCGGCAUAUUCACAUAUUGCAAGACCAAGAUUGGUGAGGCUGAUGGGUGACUUAAUCAAUGGUGUUUACCACAGAGAAAUCUUGCUACCUACAGAAGUGCACUAUGCUACAAUCUGCUAUUUUUUUGGCAAGAAAUUGAUCUCGCCGAGGUCGCAGCACUUGCUUUGGAAUCUUCAAACUCUAAUAAUUGGAGUUAUUACUGGUCGAACAAUCUUACCACCGGAGAUUUGGGAAAUGCCGCAACUUAGGCAUCUUAUAUGCAAGCCUAGUGGUUAUUUACCAGAUCCUACAGCUACAGCUACUGCUAGUCAUAAUAUUCCGAUCCUGAAAAACCUUCAGAUCCUAUCCGCUGGAUUUGCAUUCAAAUGUACCGACAACAUCCUUGCUCGAAUCCCAAAUGUGAAGGAUCUAGAGAUUGAUUACUUUGAAGGUGAGUCAUUUGAUCUGAGGCAGCUGCAAGAACUUGAAUCAUUGUGUGUGUGGAGUUUGCAUAAAAUCCGAGCGAUUCCUAAUUCGCUUAAGCGGCUGUCUUUGGAUGUUACAAGACCGGAAGAUAUGCCAAUUAUUGGUUCAUUGCCGCGCCUGGAAAGUUUAAAGAUUGGUUAUAGCUACCAUGUGACUAACUGGAACCCAGUGGAAGGCGAAUUUCUUCACUUGAAAGAACUGUAUAUCAGCCAUGCCUAUGGACUAGUCUGCUGGAGCGCUGAUCAGAGCCAUUUCCCGAUUCUUGAACGGCUAAAGAUGAAAACAUUUCCAUUGUUGGAAGAGAUCCCUUGGGGCAUCGGAGACAUACCAACACUAGAAUCGAUUAUGCUCGAGGAAUGCAAUGACUCUCUCAUCCAUUCGGCGAAGGAAAUGUGGGAGGAACAACAGAGCAUGGGAAACGAUAGCCUUCGAGUUUAUGUUAUGGAUGGAAAAGGAAAGGGAUAUCAAAUGGUUGAUGAUAACUCAAAACCACAAGAAGCAGAGUUUGAUGAGACUGAAGUAACGGUGCCCUUUUUCAAGAAAAAAGAUCGAGUACAAGCAUUGGAUGAGUUAUGAGGAAUUAUGGAGAAAAUUGCAAAUAUUUAUACCCUAUUAUUACUUUUGUUCUUUUGUUCUUUUGUCCUUAAUUUAUCUACCUGGCAAAAUGUUUACAAAAUUCGUUA